GGUAGAAAAUUUUUUGAAUUCAAAAUGUUUAUGGAAUUAGCAAUUCCAGAGAACUUCGAUGUCACUAAGCAUAUAGAAGAAUUCGAAAGUAAGGAAAAUAAUAAUUCUCGUAAUGUACAACAUGACGUUGUUGAUGAGGCUGCAAAUAUGUUAAUUAAAGAAUUUCAAACAUUCCUUGCCAAAGAUAUUAGAGAAAGAAUUAUCGCACCGGUGGUUCUUGAUUUAUUGAGUCAUGACCAUUAUCCCGAUCUCGUUCGAGAACUUAAAGAGAAAGAAGCAGCUGAACAGGUUAAAAAAUCUGCAAAUAUCAUAGACAAGUCCGUUCAAGUCAGACAAAAUGCUCUUUCUGUUCUUGCUGCCAAAAGAGAAGAACAACAACGAAGACUUAAAGAAUAUCAGCAAGCAAAGGCAAAUUUACCUAGUUUUAAUAAAAAGUCUGAAGCAAAUCGUUUACCUUCAAGUAACAAGAGGAAGAAUUUGAUACCAAUGCAACAUGCACUUAACUAUGAUGACGAUAGUGAUGUUUCUGACAUUGAAGACGAAAUGAGUGAAUCGGCCACCCCUCAACCAUCUAAUUUGAAGAGAGAACAUGAGGUUGAAGCUCCGAAGGACAAGGGAAACAAGCGUAAGAAGCUAACUAGAUCAUUCUUGUAUGAUUCUUCCUCUGAAGAAGAAGAUAAUGAGCAAGUAAUUAGUGAUCAAACUAAGGAGAAAAGUUUCAAUGAUAUGGAUGUUGAUAAGAAGGACGAAGUCAUAUCUGAAGUUGAAGAUGAGAAACCGUUUGAGGAUAUUGACUAUUCGAAAAUUGAAGAAAAAUACCAACCAACAUUUGAGACUCCACAACCGGUUUAUGACGAAAUACCCGUUGGAUACUCUGAUCCCUUUGAUUUGGAUAGACUUCGUUCGAUUAUUAGAGAUGAAGAAGAUGUUCAAUUGGCCGAGAAAUUGUUCACUGAUUUUAAGCCUGCCUCCCAUAUCAAAAAUAUUGAAUAUUGGGCAUGGAAACAAAAAGAUCUUAAGGAUUCUUCAGUUACAGAGGAAGCUGCCGAAGAUGGAUUAGAAGUCACCGGUCCUCUAAGCUCUAGAUUGGAAUGUAAAACUGGUUCUUUCAAAAGUGAAGGAUACCGGAAAAUUUUGGAUGCUGAUAAAAUUGAGUAUUUACCUCAUCGCCGUAAAAUACAUAAACCACUUAAAACGGUUCAACAUGAUGAUGAAGAGAGUGGAGCUGGGAACUAUAGUUCCAAUCAAAACAAUAAUAAUAUCCAAAGUUCUCGUGUUAAUAGAGCUAAUAAUAGAAGAUUUGCAGCUGAUAUUAGUGCACAGAAACAAAUGAUUGGAAGUGAAACUGAUAUUUUAAAUCUUAAUGCAUUGACUAAACGUAAAAAGCCUGUUUCAUUUGCAAGAUCGGCCAUCCAUAAUUGGGGUCUCUAUGCUUUGGAACCAAUUGCAGCUAAAGAAAUGAUUAUUGAAUACGUUGGUGAAAGCAUAAGGCAACAAGUUGCCGAACACCGAGAAAAAAGUUACUUAAAGACCGGUAUUGGUUCUUCAUACUUAUUCAGAAUCGAUGAAAAUACCGUUAUUGAUGCAACUAAAAAGGGUGGUAUCGCUAGAUUCAUCAAUCAUUGUUGUAACCCAAGUUGCACUGCCAAAAUUAUCAAGGUCGAAGGUAAGAAAAGAAUCGUUAUUUACGCAUUACGUGACAUUGAAGCUAAUGAAGAGCUCACUUAUGAUUACAAGUUUGAGAGAGAAACCAAUGAUGAAGAACGUAUCAGAUGUCUUUGUGGUGCUCCUGGUUGUAAAGGUUAUUUGAAUUAAGUCUACAUAUUCAAUUUAUAUAGUAUUUAUAGAUUUCAUCCUAAUAUAUUAAUAUUCGUCUAUU